CCUGAGCCCGAUCGUUGUUCGAAAUUUGACUUGGAAGGUUACAAGCAAUCGAGAAUAAGCAUGCCUACUACAUUGAAGGAGUUUGAGAGCGUCUGGCCGCGCAUUGUGGCCGACCUCCAGGACCACUGCAAAGGCUACAAGCUUCCCCAGCAGUCUCUUGAUUGGUUCACCAAGUCUCUCGACUACAACACAGUCGGUGGAAAAUGCAACCGUGGUAUGUCAGUUAUCGACACUGUCUCCAUCCUCCGCAAUGAGAUUCUGGACCCCAAGUCUGAGGAGUACUUCCGCCCUGCUCUGCUUGGCUGGAUGAUCGAGCUGCUGCAGGCCUUCUUCCUCGUCUCGGACGACAUCAUGGACUCCUCCAAGACCCGCCGUGGCAACCCCUGCUGGUACCUUGCACCCAAGGUUGGCAUGAUUGCCAUCAACGAUGCCUUCAUGCUCGAGGCCUCCAUCUACCUGCUGUUGAAGAAGCACUUCCGCCAAGAGAAGAGCUACAUCGACAUGGUUGAGCUGUUCCACGAAGUCACUUUCCAGACUGAGUGCGGCCAGCUGUGUGAUCUCCUCACUGCUCCCGAGGAUGAUGUCAACCUCGACAACUUCAGCCUCGAGAAGUUCACUUUCAUUGUCAUCUACAAGACCGCGUACUACUCCUUCUACCUCUCGGUUGCAUUGGCCCUCCACUACAACGGAAACGCAACACCAAAGAAUCUUCAGAUCGCACACGACAUCCUGAUCCCUAUGGGCGAGUACUUCCAGGCCCAGGACGACUAUCUUGAUGCUUUCGCCGACCCAAAGACUCUUGGCAAGAUCGGCACUGACAUCCAGGACAACAAAUGCUCGUGGCUUGUCAACCAGGCGUUGAAGAAGGUCACACCGGAACAGCGCAAGAUUCUCGAGGAAAACUACGGCCAGAAGGACUCUGAGAAGGAAGCCAAGGUAAAGGCACUGUACCACGAGCUUGAGCUGCAGAAGUUCUAUGAGCAGUGGGAAGAGGAGCGUGUUGCUGAGAUCAGAUCGAGGAUCGAGAAGGUCGAUGAGAGCGAAGGCCUGAGGAAGGAGGUCUUUGAGGCUUUCCUUAAGAAGAUCUACAAGCGCAGCAAAUAAGCGUCGUUUUACAACAGGUAACCACGGAACAUAGCGCUAUAAUACCGC